GGUUCCUGAGUACAGGGGACCAGGCGGCUAAAGGGAAUUAUGGAUUGUUGGACCUGAUCCAGGCUCUGCGUUGGACCAGCGAGAACAUCGCAGCCUUCGGCGGCGACCCGUUACGUAUCACUGUGUUCGGCUCAGGCGCCGGAGGUUCCUGUGUAAACCUGCUCACUCUGUCUCACUACUCUGAGGGCAACCGCUGGAGCAACUCCACCAAAGGCCUGUUCCAGAGGGCGAUCGCCCAGAGUGGCACCGCUCUGUCCAGCUGGGCUGUCAGUUUUCAACCAGCCAAGUAUGCCCGGAUGCUGGCCCGUAAGGUCGGCUGUAACCUUGAAGACACUGUAGAGCUUGUGGCGUGCCUUCAGAGAAAACCUUACAAAGAGCUGGUGGAUCAGGACAUACAGCCAGCCCGCUACCACAUCGCCUUUGGGCCGGUUAUUGAUGGGGAUGUUAUACCGGAUGACCCUCAGAUUCUUAUGGAGCAAGGUGAGUUCCUCAACUAUGACAUCAUGCUAGGAGUAAACCAAGGGGAGGGCCUUAAGUUUGUGGAGCUCAUUGUGGACAAUGAAAACGGCGUCCAGGCAAACGACUUUGACUAUGCCGUGUCCAGCUUUGUGGAUGACCUCUAUGGCUACCCAGAAGGCAAAGACAUCCUCAGAGAGACGAUCAAGUUCAUGUACACAGAUUGGGCGGACAGGCACAACCCGGAGACCCGUAGGAAGACACUCCUGGCACUUUUUACUGAUCACCAGUGGGUGGCGCCGGCUGUUGCAACAGCUGACCUGCACUCCAGCUUUGGGUCACCAACAUACUUUUAUGCCUUCUAUCACCACUGCCAAACAGAACAGGUUCCACCGUGGGCGGAUGCAGCACACGGAGAUGAGAUCCCUUAUGUGUUUGGCCUUCCCAUGAUUGGACCAACAGAGCUGUUUCCCUGCAACUUCUCCAAGAAUGACGUCAUGCUCAGCGCUGUGGUCAUGACCUACUGGACUAACUUUGCCAAGACAGGGGACCCCAACCAGCCGGUCCCCCAGGACACCAAGUUCAUCCACACCAAGCCCAAUCGCUUUGAGGAAGUGGCCUGGACUCGCUACAACCAGAAAGACCAGCUUUACCUGCACAUUGGCCUGAAGCCGCGGGUCAAAGAGCACUACCGAGCCAACAAGGUCAACUUGUGGUUGGAGCUGGUUCCUCAUCUGCACAGCCUCAACGAGGUCACCCAGCUCAUCCCCACCACCACCAAGAUCCCUCCUCCAGAGGCUACCAACCGCACCCCAAAGACCAAGGUUCUGGUGACCAAGCGACCCAACCCGACUCCGUUCCCCACCGAGACACAGGACAGCCACAAUCAGCCACAUCUGGUGGACCAGCGGGACUACUCCACUGAGCUGUCCGUGACCAUCGCCGUAGGAGCCUCCCUGCUCUUCCUCAACAUCCUGGCCUUUGCCGCACUUUACUACAAAAAGGACAAGCGCCGGCAUGAUGUCCACAGGCGCUGCAGCCCACAGCGGAGCGCUGCCAACGACCUGGCUCACACUCAGGAGGAGGAGAUCAUGUCCCUGCAGAUGAAGCAGCACUCAGACCUGGACCGGGACUGCAGGGGGGUGGGCGACUCCCUGCACGCGCACGACAUGGUGCUGAGGACUGCCUGCCCACCGGACUACACUCUGGCCAUGAGGCGCUCGCCAGAUGACAUCCCGCUCAUGACGCCGAACACCAUAACCAUGAUCCCCAGCACCAUGGGGGGGCUGACCUCGCUCCAUUCUUUCAACACCUUCCCCGGCAGCGGGCAGAAUAACACCCUUCCCCACCCGCACCCACACUCACACUCCACCACCCGGGUAUAG